AUGGAUCGUGAGCGUACAUUCCGAGGUGAUGGCGGGCCACGUUUCACACGUUGGAGGCCUUGUUUUUUGGCUUGCGAAGAUAACAAUAUAUUAUGUUGGCCAGUUGCGCAAAUAAAUCCCACACGUCGACGUUUUCCAUAUUAUGGACCUCGAGAUUACAACUUCCAUGGCGAGCGUUGCGUGUCACCUUUUUUUGCAUAUGAAGUCCUCUUACAUCAAGAAAAAAGGAGAAAAUUGAAUGAAGUUUGA